GGCCUGUGACGGCAGAGCCUAAUAUCGGACAUUGAAAGUUGUGCUGGAGAGGUGUUGUGUUUGGUGUCCGUUCAAAUCGUCGGAAAGUUUUAAAGCGUAACGUUACAUCCUGUCCCCCGGCGGUCCAGACUGUAUGGGUCCCUGCCGACAUCCAGGUCGUCGUUUCUCGAGUGAUUUCACUUGCGUCUGCUCAUUUAGUUUUUUUUUUAAAUUUUUUUUUUUAAAGGACUUAACUGUUAAAUGACAGUUUUCGGCACCGAUGACAAUGCUUUAAACUCAUUUGACUUUGUUUCUUGCUCUCCAGUGCACCCGUUGUAGCAUUAAUGCGCCUGUGUAGAUGUGUAGAUGUAUAUAUGCAUAUUUCUGCUGUGACACAGUGGCUGCAGCUCUCCUAAGCUGCACUCGCAGACUCAUUUAGGAGACAAUAGUCCCAUGUAGUCUGUACACAGAGGUAGCCGAUAUCCUCCUCUGACCAUCUGCAUAUAAUGCGUGCUGGUAAAUAAAUGACAACGAUGGCAGACAUCGCAGCCAAAUUAUUUUGGACUAAAAAGCCAAAAAAAAACACCAACGCAGUUCUUUGCAGCCGAGUUUCAUUCUUGAAGCCAGUCUCUGAUUUCUCCAACUACCUGCACAUUUCAUUUUCUGUUAUUAACGUUUCUACACAAUCAAACUCUAAAUGAAACCGAAUCACCCCGAAAUUAGCUCUGUCCGAUGCCGACGACGGACAAGGGGGGGAUGGGACACCGAGAACAGAGAGGGGAACCGGGAAUAUAAAGUCCCGAGCGUUUCAUAAUCAUAACAUCCAUUACUGACGUGCAGUUAUACGUAUCUGUGCCCCAUCUCUAGCAAACUGUCACCCAGAAUUCAAUAUGUUACAUUCAUUCCUACCUCCAUUCAAUAAUUCCUCGGCAAUUGUGCCCGUGUCAUUUGACUCCUACCCUCCCCCCCUCUCUCUCUUUUCUCCCCCCGGUGCGCUGAAUGGAUCAUGAAGUUAUGAGAAUUUGUUGCAUGCACAGCUUCAUUUUUCUGGUGCGUUCGUGAAAACCUGAAGUGCUUUGUUGCUGCUUUCAUUUUGAGCUGUGUUGAAGUCCAUGUGAAGUGGACUGGUGCAGUGUCUCCACUUUCCUCUUUCUGCUCCUUUUAAAGUUAACUCCUCCUUUUUUGUGGGGGGGGGGAGAGACCUCCCGACCGAACGAGAGAGGCAUCGAUUGUCUUUCUUCCGUGUCUGGCGUUUUUUUUUUUUGUCUCUGUCUUUCUCUCUCUCUGCUUGACAGUCAUUGUGUUGGAGCUACAGUAGAGUGAAUGGACAGUGCUCGGACUCGAUGCGUCGGAUGUGUGACUGCAACACACUGGCUCUUUACUGGCGAUUCACACACUUAACUGCCGCUGGACCUUUGCUUAUAUAGCACCCGGAGCUAUUCAUUCAUUCAUUCUUUCACCCAUAGGGUCAUUGUCAUGGUUGACAAAGAGUAAUGUUUAAAGAAGCAACAUUUCAUCCCAGCUUAAUGAGCAAUUGUGCUCCCUCCAUGCUGUGAAUAAUGCAAUCCGCAAAGACUAGAUAGAUAGAUCUCUCUCUCUCUCUCUCUCUCUCUCUCUCUCUCAAAAAAAAAGGUGCAUUUUUGUUUAAAGAAGCAUGUUUAAAUUAAUGUUUAAAGAAGCAAUUGUGCUCCCUCCAUGCUGUGAAUAAUGCAAAGACUAGAUAGAUAGAUAGCUAUCUAUCUAUUAAAAAAAAGGUGCAUUUUGUACUUUUGGAAAAUCUAUCUUUUUGACUGCAGAUACACUUUUAUCUCUGGCUCAUACCUGCAGUGUGUUUUAUACUAUUAUGGGUCUUUUUGUGCGUGUGUGCACGAGUCACCCCUUUUGCCUGAAUGAGCUCAUCCUGUCUGCGCCUCGUGUGUCUUUGUUUUGACAUAACUGACAUCUAAUCUAAAGAGCUAAGGAGACGCGAGAAAGAGGCACAGAGAGGGUGAGAGACGAGGAGAAGCGGGAGAAGCGACAGAGGGAAGAAGGGAUGAUGAUGAAGAGACGUAGGGAGAAUAGAUGACAAGCGUCCCGCAGAAGAGAUUUGAAUCGCGGAAGCCUCAAUGAUGGUUAUAGUGUGUGUGUGUAUCUGUGUGUGUAAUGGAUUGUGUGUGUGUGUGUGUGUGUGUGUACAUGUGCAUCUGUGGAUGUGGGGUGCACGAUGAGUCUCGUCUUCCGAUGGAAAAUCACUGUGACAUUAUUGUUAAAGGACCAUGCCAGAGGUUUCUGCAUGUCUUUGCUUCAUUUACAGCGACUCCCAUGUACUGCACAUCACUUCCCAUUCCUCCCUCCCUCCAGCUAGCUUCUAUUCACAUCUACCCGGCAUAAAGACCAACAUGCACAGGCUUGAAACGUCCUCUUUAUCACAGUCUGCAUUUCUAUCACAGAUUAUUCCCAUGCAACAGUAUUGUUACUUUGACAACAGUACAAGCAGUAGCGCUGCUUUUUUUUUUUUGUUCGGUGAAUAACAAACUAAUUGCUUCUUAAGGUCCAUAGUCAGUUGUGGUCAGUGAUGAUAUGAUCAUAUUGUGUUGUUUUAAAUGAUUUUGUGCAUUGAGCAUCAAUUUCAAUAUAUGUAACUAUAAUUUGCCCAAAUUGGCCAUAUUGUGAUAUAUAUAUUGGAACAAUGUUACUGUUAAUAUCGUGAUCUAUCAACCAGCCCUGCAUUAGUCUAUAAUGAGGACCAGAUUGUAAUCGAUUUUUCUACAUGGGUGCACUCACCUUCAGAAGGAAAAUUACAUUGGAGGAACAGAUUUAGUACAAGUGAUCAAAGAAAUGUUACUGUGGUGGAUUAACUAAUGUAAGCACAGUUUGAGUGCCAACUUUGAUUUUUUUUUUUUGAUUUUUAAAUUGUUACCUGGGCUAAAAUAUGCAGAACCAGCAGUAUAGACCCGCCUCUCUUGACAUAAAGGACAUGCACAGCGGAGAUGUCAAAGCCUCUUCACAUGAAGGACGUAAUGACCAUUCAUAGGAUCAGAUUGACAUGUCGUCCAUAAGAGCUUGUUAUCCUGUCCAUAUGUCACUGAGUGAAUAGAGCUUUGUAUCAGGAUCAUAAUCUGCACAUUAACGAAGCACACGCUAAACCAAACCUCGUAUGGGCCAAAACUAUUACAGAAUCCGCAUUAGUGUAGUUGUUUGACAAAAGAAUCCCGACUCAAAGUUGUUCUGGAGGUACUUUGGCCAGGAAAUAUGCGUUUUGACUGGGGUAACAUGUACUUGAUGUACUGGAGGUAUUUUUACUCAUUUUUCUUUUUCUACAGAAGAAGGCAGUAAGUGGUUACUGCCUUCUUUCAGAGCUUUCAACCACACGGAUCACGUAUCACACGGUCUUCCUCCGCGAACAUAAAAGCAGAUGUUGAGUCAAAUUUUGGAAUUGUCGGGGGGAAAUUUUAAGAAAAUGUGAGGGUGUGAAAUAAUUUGACUUGAUAAUUGCUAUUUAUUUUAGUGGUCUGGCAGCUGGCUCAUUGGUUUGGGCUGUGUGUUCAAGUUUUGUCCCAAAAGGUUUGAUGUUUUCCAAAAAAGACCAAGCAUCCUUUGGUUGCAGCUGCUCAAAUGUGAGGAUUUGCAGUUUUUCUCUGUUUUUAUACCAUUGUAAAUUUAAUAUCUAUUAAGUUAAGGACUGUUGGAGCUAAUUUGUUAGAUCACUGCGUAUAUGUCUUUAGUUGUGUGUUUAAAUGAAACUCUUAAACACACGUUGAGCUGCGAGUCGCCCUGUGUUUUAUAGGAGACGACCUGUUGAUUGAGCUGCUGUGUGUGUGCGCGUGGUGUCCCAGAAGGAAUUGAUAUACCACCGGGUAGCUCCGCCCCCCUCCUUUUCUUUCUUUCUUUCUAUCGAGAGGCACGCCCCCCUCGCUGCGUCCUGAUUGGCCGAGGGGGCGGGCCUCUAUGCAGGGAUUAGUCAGAGCAUCGGCUGUCUUUUAGGAGCAGCCUCACUCUACUCUUUUCUUCAGUCUGACGGAGGAGGAGGAGGAGGAGGAGGGGGAGGAGGGGGAGGAGGAGGAAGAGGGGGGAGGAAUCAGCUGAGAGACGAGUGACAGCAUGCAGCUAACAGAGUGCGAUGAUUGAGGACGCUCUUCCUCCGAAGCCGGCGAAGCCACAGCAGCCCUGCUCCGUCGGGUUGGGAGGGGGCAGCAGCAACGGCACCAAGGACGGAGGAGCGGGAGGCUCACUGCAAGAGGCCGAGUGGUACUGGGGCGACAUAUCCAGGGAGGAGGUGAAUGAUAAGCUCAGAGACAUGCCGGACGGGACCUUCCUGGUUCGGGAUGCUUCCACCAAGAUGCAGGGCGACUACACACUCACGCUGAGGAAAGGGGGAAACAACAAGCUGAUAAAGAUCUACCAUCGGGACGGGAAGUACGGCUUCUCCGACCCGCUGACGUUCAGCUCAGUAGUGGAGCUCAUCAGCCACUACAGACACGAGUCUCUGGCUCAGUACAACACCAAGCUGGACGUCAAACUCAUGUACCCCAUCUCCCGCUUCCAGCAGGACCAGCUGGUGAAGGAGGAUAAUAUUGACGCUGUGGGGAAGAAGCUUCAGGAAUACCACAAUCAGUACCAGGAGAAGAGCAAAGAGUACGACCGACUGUACGAAGAAUACACCAAGACGUCGCAGGAGAUCCAGAUGAAGCGGACAGCCAUCGAAGCCUUCAACGAGACCAUCAAGAUCUUCGAGGAGCAGUGCCACACGCAGGAGCGCUACAGCAAGGACUACAUCGAGCGCUUCCGGCGCGAGGGCAACGACAAGGAGAUCGAGAGGAUCAUGAUUAACUACGAGAAGCUCAAGUCUCGGCUCGGAGAGAUCCACGACAGCAAGGUGCGGCUGGAGCAGGACCUGAAGACGCAAGCCAUGGACAACCGAGAGACCGACAAAAAGAUGAACAGCCUGAAGCCCGACCUCAUACAGCUCCGCAAGAUCAGGGACCAGUACCUAGUCUGGCUCAAUCACAAAGGAGUUCGUCAAAAACGAAUCAACGACUGGCUGGGAAUCAAGAACGAAAAUACUGACGAAGGCUACUUCGUGAGUGAGGAGGAUGAGAACUUGCCUCACUACGAGGAGAAGAGCUGGUUCGUCGGGGACCUGAACAGGACGCAGGCGGAGGAGCUGCUCACCGGGAAGCCAGACGGAGCGUUCCUCAUCCGAGAGAGCAGCAAAAAGGGCUGCUACGCCUGCUCUGUAAAUGUUGAUGGUGAGGUGAAGCACUGCGUGAUCUACAGCACACCGCGCGGCUUCGGCUUCGCUGAACCGUACAACCUGUACAGCAGCCUGAAGGACCUGGUGCUCCACUACCACCAGGCCUCCCUGGUGCAGCACAACGACUCGCUCAACGUGCGCCUCGCAUACCCCGUCUACGCACAGAUGCCCUCCGGACGCAGAUGAACCCCACCCGGCCAAACCCCCACAUAGACAACAAACCAACCCCCUCUUGAAGAAGAAGAAGAAGAAGAAGAAGAAGAAGGGGGGGGGGGGGAUUGGUUGAAAUGCAAAGCAACCCCAACACCAGACCCGAUAAAGAUAGAAACAAAUUAAACACUAGCUGCAACACACACGUCAGCCACCUUGAAGUUAUAUAUUUUUACAAGAACAAUUUCGGAGGGCAUUCUUUCUAAAGACUGCUUGAUUUGCACAAGGAAGUUUUAAAUGUUUGUGAAUGUGAAAAAAACAAAAUAAGCGACUGAAGGAAGGAAGGAAGGAAGGAAACGGAGUAGGACACUUCAGAGUUUCAGAUUGACCCCGCUGCUACCUAAACUCCAGCUCAGACUUUUUACGGGAAACUCGACACAGAAAAUGAAAAAAGACGACGAAGACAAAACAUUCCCGAAUGUUUAUUUUUUGGUUCCUUUCCGGUUCUCUUUUAGUUUGCACCUCAGAUGAUUAUAUUACGAACUUCUUUUGCUUGUUUCUGGAGUAGUUUUCAUGUUUCCUUUUUGUUUAUCGUAACUUUGUUUGUGGUAAAUGAUGUCAAGUGUCUGUCCUGUCCCUCUCCGUACGAAAAGCAAAAAUAAUGUAGCAUAACGAGACAACGGACACUCAUUUUAUGAAGUGUUCCUCCAUGUAGACUGCUGCUGAAGGGUUUAGGGGGAGGGUGGGGAGUGACACAAAACAGUUUCGUAGUCUCAAAAGAAUGACAAAAGGCUUGCUUUUAUACUAACUGUAGAGGGUUUUUGUAUUAUUUUUGCUUUGCUGGAACAUAGUUUGUUUUUUUGCCAAUGUCUAAAUGGCAACGUCACAGAUCAGGACCAGAGACCAAAGUUGGUGUGGAGGGGAAAGAGUCAGCUAGUUUGUUCUUUUUGUGAAAGGAGUGAAGUAAAAGGAAAUGAAUGGUGUUUGAGACCACACACAAAACAGAGUUUUGGGCCACGUGCUUGCGCACCAAAUAGCCUUUUUGGAAAACCAAAUGGUACGUAAACAGAAAGCAGAGACCUUCUGUAAAUACAGAUGGUGUGUGUGUGUGAAGCACUUAAACGAGUCCCAUAUGUGGCCUCGGCACUCUGUACCUUGCUCACCUAGCUUUCCCUAUGUAGGUAAGAAGUCUAAAUGAGUCAUCAAUAAAGUAGCCAGCCCGCCAACGGAUAAAUAAUAAUGGGCAAGUGAAAUGAUAAGUCAUUAUUAGCUUGGUUGUGACGAUUUCCUGCCAUCUUUUGUCUCGUGGGGGGGAAAAAAGCAAUUUUAUGACACCACAUUGGGCAAUGACACAUUUUUUUGGGACCAGUUUUCCAGUUGGGUAUUCUUCAAAUGCCUCAACUGUCUACUUUCUAAAUGUUUGCUCAACGUUUGAAUCCACUUUUUCACAGACUUUGUUUGCUGGAUGUGCAAUAAGUGCGCUGGCAAGUUCAGGCCGUUUGUGGAAGUAUUGGAUUUAAAACACUUCCAUAGGGAGAAGGGUUGGGCCAGUGUAAACAUGUUCAAACCGGUUUGAUACGAAGCCAAACACCGGACCUGUACAACACAUUCCACUAGGUGGCCCGCUUGGCUCAGAGCCCAAUUGGCUUGCCUCUGCAGUAAGUUGCACAUUGGCUUAUUUAGUCCCUUUAUGAACAAACAUAUUGGUAAUCACAUUGUUAUAUUGCUUAUUACUAAUGCAAUGCAAGCCGGAUUUAGCGCUGUGAUGCCGUCGGCUUAGAUUGCUGAUGUAAGCUACUUUUUAAUUUGCCAGAACGUGUCAUAAUGACAAAUGCUGGUUUGGCGGUUUGCAUCAGACCGGUUUAAGUUCAAACGCUGGACCAGGCCGGCAAAACCGGAAAUUGGCCCGACUCCUAUAUGGGGGAACUGUGUGUUAGGCCGUGACUCGGUUUACAGAGUGCUGAGGUCACAAAUAGUGCUACACUUACACCAGACCAAAAAAAGGUAACAAAUGGUCCGUUUCACCAAAAUCGAACAAGUCUGACCAGAGAACCUGAAACCCGUUUUAUGUGUGGUCGUGAAAACAUGAAUAUAACGACUGUGGGUUGAAAAACUGGGACUGUUUUUGUUUCAAAACCUUCAGAAAUAAGCUUUGAUUAAAAAAAAACAUGUUAUAUGUAACACAAAGCAGGUAGACAGAGGCAAUGUCCCAAGCUGAAGACGCAGGCUUUAGAAGAAAAUACUGAAAACUUGAAUGAACGUGCAAUCUAGCGUUUUGUUAAUGUAGUCCAGCAGUCAAGCAGAGCGACGCACUAAAGGUCCCACAGAUAUCCAACGUGCACGGCGAAGCGUUUCCAGUUUCUUUGUCCGAUUGCUUCGUUGCCUCUUUUCUUUUGUUAAUCUCAGAACUGCUUGACUUUAUAACCAGUGGAAGCAUUUUCUGUCAGACUAAAAAGCAUCACACAAUAAAAAGUCUUCAAAAACUGAAGAGAAAAAACCUCCCCUAAAAAAACAAGUUGCAUUCUAUUCUUCCUAGAAAUGAGAAAUUCUGUAUCACUGAUUGGCCGUUGUUGCGAUAAGAUAAUGCGCACCCAUUGGCUGUUCCUUUGGAGAGACAUCUGAGGCGAUGAACGGGGUCAGCGUUGCAUCUCGGGAGGGGGAGGUCUCAUAAUCUGCAGCUAUUUAGAGGAUGAAAAGGUUAGAGCUGCGAGGAAUGGCAGAUGCGAGCUUGACCUUGUUCAUGGCAAACAAAGGCAGCUGUUCUUAAUUCACUCAAACUGAUUUAUACUUUACACAGGAUAACGUUUGUGAGGGCCUCUACCAAAAAAAAAGACUUUUUUAAAACGCUGGUUACAAAGUCAGACAAAGCUUUCUCCCUCUCUGUCAGCAGUGUUUUUCACGGUAUAAGCCAUCAUCAGUGUAUGGGCCACACACACACAGGUAUGUCAGAAGGAGUGUAUCAGGUUGUAGGAAGAGGGUCAUUGUUUGAGGAGCUGCAGAGGAGUCUUUGUGAAGGAAUGAAACGACCUUGGUUGUACCCAUGUGUUUAUCUAUAACCCCGUUUUCAAUGUCCUCUUCGAGACCCGACGGUGUAGUAACCUCCCCCGACGAUUUCACUGUUGUCUAGCCCCACACACCCUCUAUAGUCUGCUCACAUUAGGUAGAUGAAUUGUGGGAGGCAAGGUUUGUCGACCUGAAAGCCAUUGAUGGUAAGCGGUCUCUCCUAAACUGGUUUAGGUGUCCUAAUGCCGGCAGGACUUAAUCCAGUUUGACCCGUUAACCUCAAAAUGAUGAAAAGAUCCUCAGUGUUCUUCUUUGAGAAGUUGACGAAAGAAAAUGCAAAUCAGUUGGUGUUAACGUCAACUAGGGUUACUCAAAUAUUUCUGAAAAUAGAUCACUAGUAACACUGGUGCAGCAUGACUGCUUUCUGUUAUCCUACAUGUUUGUGCAUCUACGGAAGCUAAAUUGGCAAAAUCACAAAAAAAUACAGAUGAGGUAUAAAUACAAACAGUCCCACCUCAACUCUGUCUAAAAACCUUUUGGUGAUAACUGUUCAAAUUGAUGCCACAAAAGAAAAACUAAAAGUAAACAAAGUUGCGUGAACAUUUUGCGUAACUGUGUAAAAGCAAAAGCGCAACGACUGCAGAAAACAACAGGAUCGUUUUGUUUGUGAGGACGGGCCAAAUUGGAUUGAGCUUGACGCCCACUGCCGGCCACCCCUAACUGGAGCUAAAGCAGGUGUGGAGGAAGAAAGGCUGCAUCGACAGACUGAACUCAAUGAUGUCAGGAAAACCUUACAUCAAGGUAAACACUUGUCUAUACAAAAUAAAAUAGUGUUAACCUCGUGGCUACAAACAAAAACACUUGAUAUUCUAGAAAAGAUAGUUCAGUCUGCAACAGUUGCAGUGUAUAGGGUGACAUGUUGGCUGCGUCCUAUUUCAGGGGCCGUUGUCGAAUUCAGGCGAGAAAUGUGACUUUUUGUCCAAUUUUUGGACGUGCAAGAAUUGGUAAAUAAAUGUCGCCAUUUUUCCAUGUUGUCGACUUUGCUUUGUUCUUGUCUGAAGGGAGUUUCUCAAGCUUGUUUAUUAUUUCUGACGUUUGCUGCUCCUACAUAGUUUUCUGCUAUUUGACUUGUUUUUCUUUGUCUUGUUGGGGGCCACGACACGCAUCCAAAGUUUGCGUUUGGCAGUUUCCCAUCUAUUUUCCUUCCGCACAAACUGUGGCUACAAGUAUUAGCGUGAUGUUUCAGGGUGAGCAAAUCCAGUGUUUUUCUCAGAGGUAUCAUUCCCACUGUGGUUAGAGAAUUAUCAAUCCUCUGCACACGAUCUUUGCUGAGGAGGUCCAGGUUUAGGCUUCCUCUAUGUAGCCGCCGUCCUAUAAACUCAUCUGCCUCUGAAUUGGGACUCAGCCUUUUUUUUUUGGUCUUUUGUAUCUGUUGCUGUCCCUCAGUGACGGUGGUCUUUGUUCUUUCUCUUGGACUCUCAGGGGGACAGCAAGGCGGGGUUUGCCGAUAUAAUCUUGAAUGUACAAAAAAGAUCAGUCCGGGUCCGAAGCGGGGUUUUUUUUUUUUUCUUUUCUUUUAAGAACCACAAAUCAUGUUUGACCUUAACGGAAACACGGUGAUCCCAACUCAAGGUGCUAUCUGGAAAUGCAGGCCUGUUUCGAUUCGGCAGACAUUUAAGGUCUCCUUCACAACGUUUCUGCUCAUCAACCCUCAGGUGUUUCAAGUUUACCGUGGAAACGAUCACACAACAAAACCAGCGAUUUAGAGGAAAAGAGAAACAUAAAUAAAUCAGGGUUUUUUCUGCAUUGAUACUUCAAUCACUCUCAGUCGAUUAAGCUAGAUCCCCACGUCUUUGACUUCUGAAGUGUCGAGGCUUGUCCCUCAUUGCUUCCUGUAGCUUAGACACAGCAUCAUCACCAAAUGGAUCUCAGUCUUUCCCCUCAUCACCACACAGUCUGAAGGUUGUUUUUGUUGGGUUUUUUUCUGAUGGAACUCCAAAAAAUCCCUAACUUUAUUACUUGAAGUAUAUUGCAUUGCUCACUGUUGAAUGUCUUUAUAUGAAAUACAUUUAUUAAAGGAAAAAAUAACAAGGUAAAAGGAAGAGUUCCCUUUUUGUUUGACGGUGAGCAGGGGCCGAGGUUUUUAGAGUUUUAUGACAGAUGUACAGUAUUGGUUACAGGCAAACGUAGAGCUACUUUAGGAGGGAAGGAGGCGCUUUUUGAAACUUCUCAGAGAUAUGUUCGGAUCUUUUCCUUCACAGAGGGCUUUUGUCUGAAAUUGCA